UCUUUACAUGUGGAGAAAAAAAGCCUUAAUUGCACGAGUUUAAUGGCGCAACAGCUCAGUGAAGCUGGAGGAAAUGAGCGCAGAUCGUGUGCAGAUAUGCGCCAAACCCCUCCAGAUAAGAAGGCGUUUAAUAUGCUCGUGCGCUCGUGAGGGUUUCGCAUGGGGGAGGGGACCCCUGCGCAUCACUGAGAGUGUGUGUGGAUGGCGUGGGCUUCUCUCCUCCAAACCGCACACCAUCAUCACUCGGUCCACAGCGACAGCCUCGUACGCAUCACCAUCCUCCUCCUCAUCCUCAUCCUCAUCCUCACCAUCUCCCAGGCUGAGGGGGGAUCACACACAUCGCAGGAAUUAAGGCAUAAGAAGAGCCUGUUGUCAGUCAAGUGAACUGGGAGUCAACUCUUGGAAUCUGUGAGGUGUAUCCUGAACAAACUGCGUCAGCACGUUCAGGUGGCCUCCUUACACAACGUUCGACCGCAUUUGCUUCUUCUGAACCUCCUUUUAAAAUGGAGGACGGCUACCAAAACCGGACCGCCUUCAUAAAAGGUGCCAAAGACAUUGCCAAAGAAGUCAAGCGGCAGGCCAGCAAGAAGGUCGGCCGUUCAGUGGAUCGGGUGAGCGAUGAGUACAGCAAGCGCUCCUACAGUCGUUUUGAAGAGGAUGAUGAUGAUGAUUACCCGAUGCAGGGAAGCCAGGAUGGCGGUUACUACCGUGGAGACAGCCAGGCUGCCAACGACGAUGAGGGUGGCCACAGUGACUCCACGGAGGGUCACGAUGAGGAUGAUGAGAUCUAUGAGGGCGAAUAUCAAGGAAUCCCCAGGGCUGAUUCAGGAAAAGGUAGCCUGGCCGGAGGGCCGGGCUCUGUGGGGGCGGGCGCUCAGCAGUUUAAAGAUAUUGGGGUGUCCGAGGCCGAGAGGAGGAAGGACCAGGAGGAGCUGGCUCAACAGUACGAGACCAUUUUACAAGAAUGUGGUCACGGGAAGUUCCAGUGGACCCUGUACUUUGUUCUGGGUCUGGCUCUCAUGGCAGAUGGUGUUGAGAUCUUUGUGGUUGGCUUUGUCCUCCCCAGCGCUGAGAAGGAUAUGUGCCUGUCUGAACCUAACAAAAGCAUGCUGGGUCUGAUUGUAUAUUUUGGGAUGAUGGUUGGGGCCUUCCUCUGGGGGGCUCUGGCUGACCGGAUAGGCCGCCGCCAGUCUCUUCUGAUCUCUCUCUCCAUCAACAGUGUUUUCUCCUUCUUCUCCUCCUUUGUUCAGGGCUACAGCACCUUUCUGUUUUGCCGGCUCCUCUCAGGUGUUGGGAUCGGUGGCUCAAUUCCCAUCGUGUUUUCCUACUAUUCUGAAUUCCUGGCCCAAGAAAAGCGCGGUGAGCACCUCAGUUGGCUCUGCAUGUUCUGGAUGAUUGGAGGAAUAUACGCAUCUGCUAUGGCCUGGGCCAUUAUCCCACAUUACGGAUGGAGUUUCCAGAUGGGCUCGGCGUAUCAGUUCCAUAGCUGGCGUGUGUUUGUGCUAGUGUGCGCAUUUCCCUCUGUUGCAGCCAUCGCUGCCCUCAGCGCCAUGCCAGAGAGCCCACGCUUCUACUUGGAGAACGGCAAACAUGACGAAGGCUGGAUGAUUCUGAAGCAAGUUCACGACACAAACAUGCGAGCCAAAGGAUACCCAGAGAGAGUGUUUUCUGUCACCACAAUCAAGACAGUGAAACAGAUGGAUGAGUUGGUGGACACUGGCACCGACACUCCAGUCUGGCAACGCUACAAACUGAAGAUUAUGAGUCUCUCCCAACAGAUGCGUAAAAACAUUCUUGCCUGCUUCAGCCCCGAAUAUAAACGGACGACUUUCAUGCUCAUGGCUGUUUGGUUUACCAUGUCUUUCAGUUACUACGGCCUGACGGUUUGGUUCCCAGACAUGAUCAAGUACAUCCAGAAGCAGGAGUAUGAAUCGAAGACAAGGACCUUCACUAAGGAACGAGUGGAGCAUGUCACUUUUAACUUCACUCUGGAAAACCAAGUGCAUCGCCAAGGACACUACUUUAACGACAAGUUCCUCAACCUGAAGAUGAAAUCCAUGGUGUUUGAAGACUCUGUGUUUGAGGAGUGCUUCUUUGAGGACAUCACCUCCACACACACCGUCUUCAGAAACUGCACCUUCAUUGCAAGUUUGUUCUAUAACACAGAUUUAUUCAAAUACAGGUUUUUCAACUGCAAACUGGUCAACAGCACAUUUAUACACAACAAGAAGGGCUGCAUGCUCGACUUCAGCGACGACUUCAACAAUGCGUACAUGAUAUACUUUGUCAACUUCCUUGGCACUUUGGCGGUGUUGCCUGGCAACAUCGUGUCAGCUCUAUUAAUGGACAAAAUAGGCCGUUUAAGGAUGCUGGCGGGAUCCAGCGUCAUAUCUUGUGUCAGCUGUUUCUUCCUGAUGUUCGGCAACAGUGAGUCAGGGAUGAUCGCCCUCUUGUGUCUGUUUGGUGGCAUCAGCAUCGCCUCGUGGAAUGCCCUGGAUGUGAUCACGGUGGAGCUCUACCCCUCUGAUAAAAGGACCACAGCAUUCGGCUUCCUGAACGCUCUCUGUAAGCUGGCGGCCGUCCUGGGCAUCAGCAUCUUCCAGUCAUUUGUCGGCAUCACCAAGGCCCUUCCCAUCUUAUUUGCUGCUGGCGCGCUCGCUGCAGGUAGUUUCCUUGCAACGAAGUUGCCUGAGACACGAGGCCAAGUGUUGCAGUAAAGCAGAUGACCAGCAGUGGGCAACAGAGUACAGCUGGAGUGUGUGUUUGACAACUAGAGCCCAAACAUCCUUGAGAGCUGCAGCGCCGUCCAUCACACACCAACAGAGCAGACUGCCUUCCCCAUUGUAAGCCCAGAAUCCUUUGAAAUAUGGAUUGCAUCUUUCAAAGUCUAAACAGAGCCACAGAGAUUAACAGAAGAGCACACAGAUGUAGGAGUAAACACCUGUGUCAGGAUAACACAACUACUUCCAUAAACACUUUAUUUCAGCUGCGUUCUCGGGUAUCAUAAAAAAAAAAAAAAAAGAUAUUUUACAGAAGUGUAAUACUUAAAGGGUGAUGUGGUACAAAAUGGAAAUGUGCCGUUAAGAUAAUCUGCAGUGAAAAGACAGAGAGGUCAAAUGAAACAGAAAAAAAAAGCCAUUUCUGGGGGAACGUGUGAAAACAUUUAGUCCAUGUAUGUGGACAAUUUUGACACAUGACUGUGUUAUGCUGGCUUUCAGUGCUGCUUUUUAAUUUACUGUGACAUUACUGGUACAAUUCACUCAACAUCUCCAUUCAGACUGAUGCUCAUAGACGUGUUUGAUUAAUAUUUUUUCUUUGAAAAGAUGUCAAAUUAAUAUCAGGGUGAUCCUUCCUCCUCUAAAAGCACCCAUGACCCUUCACCACUGCCGACGACUGAAGCUAGCCCUGCUGAGCACUGUUACUUCCUACCAAAUAAUAUGAAAACAUUCCAGUGAGGCCGGAUUCAUUCAGAAACAGAGAGUUUUGUUCUUUAUGUCCCUGCAUAAAUCCAGUCUAUUCCUCCUCUUACAGCCUCAAAAUAUAGGUGAAGAUGCAUUUCACAGGAUUCUCAGUUGUAAAUGGGAAUAGUCUGAUCCACUUCCUCGGUGUUCAGUGUUAAAAUAACAUUUCUCCCUCCCUGUUGUUGAACCAUACAGCUGUGGCAGUGUGACGAUGUUCAUGUCUGCAACACAGGAACGUCUGUGGGACGGAUUUUGGUCAAGAGCUAAAUGUGAGAGCAGAUACAAAAGUGUAAUAUUUGCUAAAUUAGUGGCGUGAGUGUGUUUAUAUGUGAGUGUGAGUGAUUGCAUGUGCACACGUGUGAGAAAGCGAUUUAUUCGGCAUCAUUUCAUCAAAUCAGUGCAGCCAUGCAGACAAUAUGAUUUCAGUCUUUUCUUUUUUUGGUAUUGUAUUGAUCCAACAGCCGAAUGUACGGAACAGCAGGCUCACAUUUUUAGGCUAAUUUAUAAACAAUGAUAUCAAAUAUAACUCAUGCAGUAGCUCAGGUGUGGUGAAAUGAGUCUACAUUUACAGCUAAUAUUAUAUUUUAGCACCACUGCGCCAAAUUACUGUAGAUGCAGGAUAAUUUUCCAUCGCACAGGCAUAGCUGCAUUAAUUAGCCUUAAUAUGAAAACAAGUCACCAAACAUCAUCUGAUUGAGUGUGAAAGUUCAUUUUUUUACCUCCUUUCACUAGCUUUUUCCAAAGCUUUCAACUGUACCUCACAGUCUUCUGUCGAUGAAAGCUCCUUAAAAAGCUGGUAAGUGGACUUUGAGUUAACUUUUUUUUUUUUUCUUCCCCAAAGUCAUUUGUUUGCUUUGUGUUUUUCUGUUCAGGCUCAAAUUAUACAAACUACGCUGUAUACUUUCUUAAACUUGUGUUAUGCCCCUGAAAAGUCAUGAUAUCAUGACGUCAUUGGCUUCAUAAGCACAAAUCAAACUGGACCAAAAGAAGAAGGAGCAGCUGUUGAAAACAAGUCCAAUUGAUCAGGCAGUGAGGAACAAAGAGAAAACAGAGAUCACUUGUCUAAUUUCAGUUUAAGGGCUCCUGUUCAGUCAUUCCUUCACUGCCUCCAUUUGUACCACAAAAAGUGAAAAGUUAUUCACUCUGCUCCAGCACAAUACUGUUUAACGGUCCUUAAUGGUACCAUAAGUACUGCACAAACUGUCUGCUGUGAAUUUGAUAUAAAUUGGACACAGUCACUCUGAAAUGGACGCUAACUGAGUACCAUUAUUUAUACAUAUCACUACUUCGGUAUCAUUUCUCCAAAGGUGUACAUUAAUAUGUGUGCUGACAAUCAGUGAGUGAGUUCAUGGGGGCGGCUGCUGCCCUGUAAGAGUGUGAUGUUUUGACCUAAAGACGUCCUCUGGAUUGUGCGUGUGUGUUCAGGAUGUUAGAGGCUUUGGUGUUGUCUAUUGAUGAGUCCCCCACAACACAAACACACACCCAUUAGAUGGAUAACAGAUAUUAUCUCAGCUACAGGAGUGUGUCUGACUGCUUAAACUCUGUAUGUGUGUCUGUGUGUGUGCAUGUGAGAGUGUGAGUGAGCGAGAGACUUUAAAGGAAUAGUUUGACAUUUUGGGGAAUUCCCUCAUUCACUUCUGUUAGUUUAGCCUUGCAUAAAGACUGGAAGCUAGUCUGGCUCUGUCCAAAGGUGAAAAGGAAUAGUCGGGCCCACAACCCGCCAUAAAACCACAACUUGUUAUUUUUACUCUUCGGUGUUUGUACAGAUAAGGAGACAAGAUGUAAAAUGUUAAUUAGUGAGCUUUAGAGGCAGAUUGUGUUACUUUUGGAGAGAGCCAGGUGAACAGUCCCCCCCCCCAGUCUUUAUGCUCAUCUGAGCUAACUGACUGCCACAGACCAGAGAUUGGUAUCAUCUAACUCUCAGCAAGAAAGAAGAUAUUAUUUCCCAAAAUUUUGAACUAUCCCUUUAAUGUUGUCAAAUCUAGAUUGCAGUCAAAUCUCUCCCUUGCUGUCUGUGUACAAAGUCAUGUGCGUAUUCCAUGAAAAACUUUGUCCCGUCUUGUUCAUGUUUGAGAGGCUGCUUGGAUGCGUUGUUGACGUGUGUGUGUGUGUGUGUGUGUGUGUGUGUGUGUGUGUGUGUGUGUGUGUGUGUGUGUGUGUGUGUGUGUGUGUGUGUAUAAGCUGACUCUAAAUCGUCUGUGACAUAUUUUUCUACUUUUUCUGUUGCGGUGAUGAAUCCUUGUGAUGAACACAGCUCAGUUGGGGACCACGGAAAUAUAUUUACACUACGAGAAGAAGAAACCUAAUGCAAUAUAUGCAGUGUAGAGAUGUGUUGUUCUUCAUGAUAGACUCGGGUGCUCUUUCGCUGAAACAAUUCAGCCUUUAAGGCAAAUCCCAUCAAAGACAGCCAGUCUCAGAGAUAACGUGCGAUCUGUUCCUCUGUUUAGAAACAUGGUAAAAGGAUCAUAUCUUAAAUUAAGACGACUUUACCCCCUAAUCCUUCUGUAUUCAACCGAUCGUGACGCAUGUUUGUAUCGUAUUGUCUGACUUCUUGGACGUCCUGUAUGCCAGCUAUUUUUGUCUAAAGCAAGAACUUGUGUUUUCAUUGUUGUAUGAUGACAUAGAUUUGUUGCUUGCAGUGAUUGUUCUUAAUCAAAGUGGGGUUAAAAUUGGUGAAACUUGAGUAUGUGUUCUGAAAGUAAGUUAGUGGUGACUGUGCUCCCUGUUUACCUUAGACCCAGGUAACUCAUACAUAUAUAUAUAUUAUAUAUAUAUGCGCCUAGAAUUUCUGAGGAGGAUGCUUGUAAUUGUGCAAUUCAUCUUGUCGCAGAGAUACAAGAUAGCAUGGCUGGAAAAGGGCAAUACACUUAAGUGUAGGGGGCCGAAAAUGUGCAUAAAAUUAUGAACGAAAACCCGUUUGUCCAUGUGAGUCCGUUUAAAAGGGGGAAGUGUAAGCAAUAAAGUGGAGGCUUUCCCCAUUACUGAGGAAACAGGAAGGUUAAACUCAAAAGGACCAUGGUUUAUAAACUCAUCAAGAGUGCCACAUGUCAAAUUGAAGCUCCUGUCCAAAAUGUUUACUCUUUAAUGUUACUAUGUGUAGAAUUUUGAUUCUAUAUAUAUAUACAUAUAUAAAUGUAUAAACUAUCAAAGUGUCACUGGUUUGAGUUUUAUCUAUAAUGAUGGCAGUGAUAGAUGUGGUCAAAAUAAAGCGAACACCAGCCUGAAGACUUCCCCUACUGAUGACGGUCUGAUAAAGGGAUGGAGGACUUUUUAUGGCAUGGUUUUAUGGUCUCCUCAUCUCUAAAGAGCACACGGAUCAGACCUGAAUGAAUCAUGACAAAAGGACCGACCCAUGCCAGAAAACAACUCCUUCAUCUGCAAAGAACUGCAAGAAACCUUCACUGUAGUUUGGACUGAAGGAGUUUCUGUUUUUGUUUUCUUUAGUUUGACUCUGACCUGUUUAUUAAAUGAUAAAAGUUCUACUCUAAGUGUGAGUUCAAUUCAAAAAUCAAUGUGUACUGUGUGUAGAAACUAGAUGUUUGUAUGUGCAAGUAUGGAAUUUGUGGAACAAAAGAUCAAGGAAAACAAUUCCAAAAAAAAAAAAAGUUCAAUAUGACACAAAAAUCUAUCGUGUGUUGUCUUUGUGUUUUGUAAAUGAAGACUGAAAAUCUUGGUAAAUUCAGUAUUUAUUACUUCUGGAUAUUGAGAAUAUUUUAGUGAUGCUGAAAAGGUGCUGUAUUUAUUUUAUGUGAGAGUUGUUCAUUAUGCUGGGAUUUGCACUUUUGUGCCAUUUAUCCAAUUCUAUGAAGAAAAAUGAUAAUGGAAAUAAAACUUGAAGAAAGGAAAGAAAAA